AUGUCCGCCACCCCCGACUCCGGCGCCGAGACGACGGCACUAGUCGACCCGCUCGACUUCAUGGAGAAAGUGACGCGUAGUGUCUACAUCUACCGCCCGCCAACAGCCACGUCCGGCCCUCCCCCAACGUCUACGUCCGGCCCUCGCAAGGCUCCCAAGCUCGUCAUCGUCACCGCCUGGAUGGGUGCCCGCCCGCCGCACGUCGCCAAGUACCUUGCACCCUACCGCGACGGUGUCUUUGGCGAAGACCCCAGCGAGCGCCCAGCCAUUCUCCUCGUCUUCUGCCACCAGGACACCACGUCGUCCUACUCCAAGGCAGAGGCCGUCGCGCAGACCGCCGUGCCCUUCAUCAACGACAUCCUGGGCGACUCGCUCAACACCACCCCCAAGGAGAACUCUCCCGCCGGCUCCGCCAAUGCCCAUCCCCAAGUGCUCGUCCACACGCUGUCCAAUGGCGGCUGCCUGAUUCUCGGCCAGAUCUACAACGCCAUCGACCCGGACCACGUCCGCUGCCUGCCGCCUCACGUCACCAUUUUUGAUUCGAGCCCGGGCCAUUUCCGCUUCGCCGGCGCGGCCACUGCCUUCACGACCGGCCUCAGCCGCGCGCCCCUGGCCAAGCGGCUCGUCAUGUACCCGGCCAUUUACCUGCUCGUCCUCAGCAUGCUCGUCCGCAUUCGCAUCGAACGUCUGUUUGCCUGGUUCGGCGGUGUCACCCGCUCCGCCCUGCAGACCCUCUUUGGCAUACAGCCCUCCUCCAAGCCGCCCGGUCCCGAGCGCGCACUGAACCCCUGGACGCCCCACAACGUCAACACCGUUUUUGGCGGCAACCGCCGCGAGGUGCGCCGGUCGUAUCUGUAUUCCGACGCGGACAAGAUCAUUCUGUCCAAGGACGUCGAGGAGCAUGCCAACGAAGCCACGGGCCUCGGCUUCACGGUUGACCAGAUGGCCAAAUUCCCCAACAGCGGUCAUGUGUCACACGCGCGCAGUGACCCGGAGCGGUACUGGCGGAUCAUCAAAGACACGUGGCUGGCCCGGCAAUAG